GGAGGUUUUCCGCUCCACACUGGUUGCACAUAUCUUCAUAUCUUCAAGGUGACGGCUGGUCCUGCAGCGAGUCAGGGCGAGUCCUGCACACUCUGUGAUGACAAUAAAAAAGAUGCGUCAAAAAGACACCUCACUUUGACAGCGGGGCGUACACGUGCCGGUGGGGAAAGCACCAUAAAUACUACUGAGUCAAACUUGCACAUGAGUUAGUUGAAGAAAGGCGCUCCCAACUUAUCUGAUGCCAACUAGUUUCCUGCUCCUCCGCAGCCAGUCGUCGUCAUGUUGGAGAGAUUGGGUCCGCAGAGCUCCGUCUCCAGUCCGGACCUGCAGCUCAAACUGACGGACAACAAGAGCAGCCUGUCCGCAGCAGCAGCAGCAGCAGGGAUGGGGAUGGAGAAGAAACUCAUAGAGAUCACUGGUCCGGCUCUAUCCAAGAGGAAACUUCUGGUCGGCUUAGACCUCCUCUGCCUCUUCCUGGCUUCCAUCCCUUUCUUUGCGUGUGAGCUGAAGGCAGUGAGUCCUUACAGAAGGGGCUUUAUGUGCGGGGACCCCAGCAUCACCUAUCCUUAUCUGCACCGAGAGGCCAUACCGGACGAGUUACUCAUCACCGGUGGCAUCAUCAUCACCGGCCUCACUAUCGCCCUCGGGGAGUGUUACCGGGUUCGUUUCAGAGGCGUCAGCUCCAAGGCCUUCGUCAGGAACCUGUAUGUGUCCAGUCUGUACAAGGAGCUGGGCUGCUUCCUGUUCGGCUGCUGUGUCGGCCAAUCGCUGACCAACAUGGCCAAGCUGAGUGUUGGGCGCCUGCGACCGCACUUCCUGUCUGUGUGCGGCGUCACCUACGCAUCGCUUAACUGCACACCUGGAACCUACGUUGCAACGGUGAACUGCCGCCAGCCCGACCACCGGUUGGAGGAGGAGGCCAGGAAGUCCUUCUUCUCUGGCCAUGCUUCCUUUGCGAUGUACACAAUGCUCUAUUUAGCAUUUUACCUGCAGGCGCGGUUGACGUGGCGCGGGGCUCGGCUGCUGAGGCCGGCUCUGCAGUUCUUCCUGGUUCUGCUAGCAGUCUACACAGGUCUGACCCGCAUCUCAGACUACAGGCACCACCCGUCCGAUGUGCUGACAGGCUACAUACAGGGAGCCCUAACUGCUUACUGGGUGGCCUUCCACAUCUCGUCCAUGUUCAAAAGCUCGAUUUCCGAUCUGUCUCCGACCGAGACCCUGGACAGCCCCCUGUCGCCCCACCACACUGUCUGCUAAACCUCACCACCUCCACCGACCCCUGCGUCUACCAACAUCCACCUGCUGCCUGUAAUCUAACUUGGGUAGACAAGAAAUUUGAAGAAUGUGAGACCAUUUCCUGUGAAGUCCAAACACAUACCUCAGUAUUGGGACAGAGUGAGAGAGAGAAAGGGAGAGUAGAGCAUGUGAGAUACUGUAUGUGGCCCAAAAGACAAAACAUAUGAACUGGGAGAAAGGAAGAGCUGAAACGGCUGCUCGGCUGAAGGAGCCGGAGCACUCGACCUUUAGUCCUCGUGACUGACCUUCACAUGUCAUACGUACCUGUGAGAUGAGACGACUGAAUCCUGAACACACAGCAACCACUACCACUUCAUACGUCACUUGUAAAUAUAUACAGAUUUUGUACAACUCGAAUGAUCCUGUAAAAGCACUUUUUGAUUUCCAUGUUAGUAUUAUUAAUGACCACUUUGUAAUAAUUUGGUACGUAGGGUGUAAUGUAUUUUAUACAAACAUGUAAUAUAUGUUGUACUGUAGCUGUUUUUGUUUUUUUACAUAAACCUGGUGAAUGUAAUGGUGUUGAAGGAAAGCACAAAUAGCGAGAAAGCAACUCAUUUUCUUAAUGUGUUGUACCAUUUAGAUGUGGUAGGAUGUGUCCGUCCUUCAGUGUGUUGUGUAGUUUAAUAAGGAGAGAAGGACUAUGAGAAUGUCUACACAAAAGAUAUAAUCCAUGUUUGUUUUUUAUAAUGCUAAAGUAUGUUGAUAGACUACUUAACACUCCAAGGGCACACAGAUCAUUAAAGAAAAAUGUGAUUUUUUUUAAA